CAGAACACAACAUUAUUGCUCAUUGGAAUACUCAUUCACUCUUCAUCGCUGACUGCCGCCUCACUGCCUCACCGGGACCUUCCGCUUGGUCAGACGAUCACAGACAACAAGGGCCUACCAACGCGACGCAAAGAUGGCGUUCGAGCGGGCGACAGCAGUGAAACAGGUCGACUCCCAUACCUACAGCGCCGAAUUCAUAGACGAUUGGUGUAUAGGAUCUGUUCCACAUGGCGGCUACGUAACUUCGACUCUCCAAAAAGCAGUCAAGAAGCAUUUUGAUACCACACUUUCCAAGCAAGACCAACCACAUACCCUUGCUCUUCACUUAGACUUCCUCCGAAGAACACAAGUCGGCCCCGCGACAUUCACCAUCAAAGAUGUCAAGCUCGGCCGCCAAACCUCUAUCGUCCACGUCUCACUCACUCAAGAUGGGCGUGAAGAAGUUGUUGGCUACUGCACCAACACGAACCUCUCGAAAGAAAUGGGCCUUACCUUCCACACGAACUGGCAAGCCCAUCCCAAGCGCCUGCCGCUAACCUCCUCCCUCACCACCCUCGAACGCAACCAAGACCCCUCUUGGUCCGAACUCACCACCUGGCCCAACCACAACUUCCGCAAAGCCACCAACCAAAUCCGCUCCUUCUUCCCCCGCUCUGGCCAACCCGCCCAAAACAUCUACGACCAAUGGGUCUGUCUCCGCGACCCCACCGAAACCUGGACGAACGAAAAACUCGGCUAUCUCGUCGACAUGUUCCCUCAACUCUGCGAAACUUAUAUCCUCGAUGGAUUUGAUCAAUAUGAUCCCAAACUCAUCGAAUCUGAAGCUGGACUGAAACUUCGUGAUUCGAAGAAGAAAUUCACGCCGUAUUGGUAUCCUACUGUACUUUUGAAUUUGGAUGUGAAGAAAGCUUUACCGGAGGGGGGAAGGAAAUUUUUGUUUUCGAGGUUGCAGGCCAAGCAGAUUAAGAAUGGGAGGUAUGAUUUGGAGGUUGUGGUUUGGGAUGAGGAGGAUGAGAUUGUGGCGUUGAGUCAUCAUGUUUGUUUUGUGGUCAGUGCGGAGAGGAAUUUGGCGAAGAGGACUACUGGGGGAAGUAAGAUUUAAGGAUUUAUUUGGUGAUAGUGGGAGGCAGGUUUUCCCUUUUGUUGUUUAUUGCUGUACAGACAGAUAUGAUAUCCGGGAGAACGGAACACGAUAUCUUUGAAAUAUAAAUGCUUAGAAAGAGAGAAAGAAUGUUGUAGACAAGACUAUGAUAUUAGGUCAAAGAAUCAUGCUUGUUUGGGGUAUCGUAUGUGGUCUGUCACCGAAGACUAUGCUAUGCAACACCAUGAGCGCUCAAAUGCUCGUCAAAACAUCAACUCAUCGCAAAUAAUAUCGCAUCAUCCCACUACCCUCUCACAUACCAACUAUUCUUCUUCGCAAACUUUCUCGAUUGCUCGCUCUGCGGCUGACUCGUUUGCUGCGGAUUCUGCUGAUAACCCCGAUGCGCUCCCGCAGCCGCCCAAGCCGCAACAUCCGAAUGCCCUGUUGGACCACGUUCGUAGCCUGGCUCGCCAGGGUGCACAAUCUUCAGCUCAUGUUGGGGCAGGCCUUCCGGAUUCUUCUCGCUCAUCAUGUCUCCUGAACGAUGAGAGCGUCUGAGAUCGGGAAGGUGCUCGCCUGUGAAGGCCAAGAUUGUCCAGAGGCAGGCGGAGAUGAGGACCAGAAUCGUUGUUGCCCAAACGAGUGCAAUCAGUUUGUGUCCUGCGUUGGCUUUGAGGCCGACGUCGUCGCCGAGGACAUUGAUGACUGCGGCGGCAGCAGUUGCGAUCCCGUGGGUAGCGGCAGCGCCGAGGGCGAAGAAGCCUAGUGCUGGAACGCAGAGAACGACGUUCAGGAUUGCCUUCUUGCGCGAGUAUGAAAUUACUGCCCAGAUUGACGCGAGCAGACAGAGACCAGUGAAGAAGAUGCCAAUCUCAAAGAGGACACGGACAAGGCUAAGCGGGUUGAGAGCGGAAUGGUCCUUGCAUUCUUCGAUGAUCUUUUCGGUUCCAUUGGGAGGCAAGGGUGAGCCGCCGACAGUAAUGUUGACGCCUGAUGGGGUCUUAUAUUCGCCAGAGCAGGUUGUGACAAGGUGGACGCUGUAGAAGCCGUCGAGGUCCAGAGUGGCGAGAAAGUCGGAGUAGGUUUCGUUAACUUGUUCAACGACUGCGGUCUGCACAGAGGCGACAGCAGAGGAGAUUUUCGAGACGACUAUUCCUUCGACUGAGCUGGCUUUGGAUUCGACUGCAGACGCGAUGGCUGUUGCUUUGCUCUGUAUGCCGUCUUUGGCAGAGGUGAUUGCAUCGCCGACGGCUUCUCCUGCGUCGCUCUUGAUCGAAGCGAUGCCGUCAGAGAUGCCGUCCACGAAGUCAUCGAGGCCGUCGGGAUUUCUUGGUGCGAGUGUGAUGUGUGCUCCAGGUGGUGCAGUCACAUGGGCCGCAACGUUGACAUCGAUCAUCAUGGGGACUUCUACCAGAUCGCGCUUGGUGAGGACCCGGGUCACAUUCAGCCCCAUGAUCUUGUUAUCGAUUUUCUCCACUGCAUUCUGGCCAAAUCGAGUCGUGUUGAGGUUGAAGACAUAGUAAUCUUCCAGGAAUCCAGAAUUAUUGCCAGCAAAGAUGCAGAGGAAGGACAACACAAAAGCUGUCGCGAUCACCAGGACCGGAAGUAUUGCGAAGGGUUGAAAGUUGCGGGCCAUGAUAUCUGCUGUGCUGGACUGUUCGUGAUAUGUUCUGCUGCGGGUUGAUUCUGCUGUUUCGUGGUCUGUCGUGCAAGUGGUGAUUAAAAGUCUUGCCAGCAAGUUAACGGUAUAGCGCACAGCGCCUGAUUUGAACAAGAAGGAAAGAUAAGGAAAGCGGUCGGGCGAAGAAACAGGAAAUAGUGAAGUGUCGGUGCGGAGAUGGUGAAUGCAGGGAAGAGGAAACGGUCGUGAAGACUACCUCGCCGCCAUG